UAUGAUUCCACUCCGCUCCCUCAGAGGCUCUUCCUUUCGUCUACUCUCUCUCUCUCUCUCUAGAAACUGCUUCGUUUUGGAUCCGAAUAGCGAACUCGGGUCGUUAAAGUCACCCGGACCAGCCGCACACGCGCACUCGUCACCUCUGUCUCUGAUAAACCGUGCCUUCGAGAGUGGGGUUUCUUAAGUCGGUGACCGUCACCGUCACAGCCCGCGAUCAGAGCCAUUGGUUUCGCGCAUGAGAUGGAGAAAUCAAACGGCCAUCACCAUCAGGAUUCCAUAUCUUCUUCUUGCCCUGCUUCCUCCCGCAGAGACGUCUCUUACAGCUGUGGUUCUUGUGGCUACGAGCUAAACCUAAGCUCCUGCAACCGGAACACCUCGACCAUUGGCUCUAAAUAUGGAAAAUCUAUAAAGAGAGGGAUCAUAUCUUUCUUUAACAUUGACGAGAGCAGAUUUACUCAGGUUGAUGAAAUCCAAUGCAUACCCCACCUUUCUAAGCACGCUUGGGGCUUAAUCCGCCGGAGAACCAAACUUCUUUGCCGCAAGUGUGGUAACCAUAUUGGAAUUGCUUACAAUGAUUAUACUUCAUCCCUUCCACUUGUAACAGAUGGAUCGGAUUCUUCGACGGGCAAUGAACUUUCAAGUCGCAGAAAAUAUGAUGUUAAAAUCCGUGCUUUGCAGCCCUCGUCUUCUGAAGAAUCCGGCGUUCCGCUUUUCAUGUGACAUACUUGAGCAAGCUUGUUUAUAUGUUCUUUUCCUGUAAAAGUAAUAUGAUCCGCAGCAACCAAGCCUAGAAUUUUCUUGGAAGAAUAUUAAUCUAAAGUUAUUUUCCUUUUGUAUUUGUUUUGUGUUUUGCCCCCUUAUUUUUAUUGUUACUUGUACAUAACAGUGAUUUUCCGAAACUGAAACUAUAAGGAAUAUGGUGUAUGGUUGAUGUGGUUUUGGUUGAGAAAAUUUUGUUAAAAAUUUCCAAUGCUCAGUUAAGCCAUUAAUUAGUGUGAUA